UCAAACAACACAGUAUCCUUAUCAUCCCUCCCCCCAACUUGGACAACAACAGCCCUAUCUUCCAAAUGACAUAAAAUAAAGAAAGAAAUAAAAAGAAGAAGAAGAAAACAUCUCUUACUCCUCUCCAUGGAUACUCUGUCAAGUUCAGUUUCCACCAUUAAAGUCCCUACCUUUCAUUCCACUGCUUCUUCUCGGGAACUCUGUAAUUUCAAGUCUACUUCUACUCUAUACACUCCAAACUCCCUCCUCUUCUCCACCCCCAAGUCCAUCUCCAGCACCAACUCAAUCUCCACCAAGCCCAACUCUUUCAACAACCCCAUUUCCCCAUCCCCAUCUCGGCCCUCCUCCCCAUCUUACUCGGCGAUUCACAGGAAAGCCUCCGCCGGUUACGCCGCGGCGCUGCUUGACAUAGCACAACACAACAACUCGGUUGACUUGGUCGGGAAGGACGUGGAGAGAUUGUCCAAGCUUCUAAAGAACAAUCGGGUUCGGGUCGUUUUGUCCGACCCGUUUUUGGGUGAGGAAGAAAAGGGUCGAUUGGUCAAGGGGUUAGUAAAGAAGGGAGGGUUUAAUAGGCACUUGGUGCGUUUAGUAAAAAUGUUGGUUGGGAAAAACAAGGUGGGUCUUUUAGGUGAAGUGUUGGAGGAGUUCGACAGGGUUUAUGACGAGGUUUUGGGGACUCAAAUGGUUUUGGUUUCGUCGAAAAGUAAAAUGGAGGAAGAACACUUAUCUGGGAUUGCUCGAAGGAUUCAGAAGCUUACUGGGGCUGUUAAGGUUAAGGUGAGGAAUUUGAUUGGUGUCGGUUAUCAUCACAAUUGGGAUUCGUUUGCUGUUUAAAAAAGGCCUUGUUCUGAUCUGUAGUCACCGCUCUCUUGUUCUAAUGAAACAGAGGUUUUUUUUUUUUUUGUAUGAACACAUGUAAGAAUGAUAUUUGAUUGUUUAGGACUUUAGGCUACUCUUUAAAUAACACGUUUGAAUCUGUGAUAUGUAAUUUCAACAGUUUGAAUGUUUGAAUUUGUGUAAAAUACAUCUUCAACUAA